AUGUCCCUGGGGCCACUGAAAUUCCAGCCAGUAGGUGAAGAAAAUGAAGAGGAUGAGGAGGGAGAGAGCCUGGACUCCGUGAAGGCACUGACGGCCAAGCUACAGCUGCAGACACGACGGCCCUCGUAUCUGGAGUGGACAGCCCGGGUGCAGAGCCAGGCCUGGCACAGGACCCAACCCAGACCCGCACUGGGGGGCCCUGGGACCCUCUGCGGCUUCGACUCAAUGGACUCUGCCCUAGAUUGGCUCAGACAGGAGCUGCGGGAGAUGCAGGCUCAGGACCGGCAGCUGGCAGGACAGCUGCUUCGGCUGCGGGCCCAGCUGCACCGGCUGAAGGUGGACCAAGCCUGUCACCUGCACCAAGAGCUGCUGGACGAGGCCGAGCUGGACCUGGAGCUGGAGCCGGGGGCCGGCCUUGCCUUGGCCCCGCCGCUGCGGCACCUCGGCCUCACGCGCAUGAACAUCAGCGCGCGACGCUUCACCCUCUGCUGAGCCACACCUGCACCUCCUGAGACCUCCCGGGAAGGGGAAAGGAGGGGUGUCCCAGAGGUGCCAGCACUUCGCAAAGUGUGCUGGGAGGGUUAGGAGAUCACUCAGCUUUCUGGGAGCAUAAAGGCCCCUGCUGCCUUAGCUUGGGAAGGGGGAGUUGGAGGAAGGGGAGAGGCUCGCCGACCCCCAAGCUCUUCAAUAAAGACCCUCUCUGCUUCCCA